CUUUGAACAAAUAAGGAAUCAAUUGUUGAAUAGUCUAAAACUAAAACAGUAGACUUGGCAAAAGCUUUUGAGGGCAGUUUGGUCGUACUACUUUACUUUGCAAAUUACAACAUUCAUUUGUAGCCCAACUUCCCCAACCCAAUUGUUACCCAAAUUUCAGUUUCGUUUCUUAAUUGAAGGCAAGGCAAGGCAACCACUUCAUUCUGACACGUAUUUUUUUUCUUGUUAGUUAAGAAAAAAAUAAUUAAAAAUUAAUAAUAAUAAAAAUAAACAAAUAAAAUAAGAGGAUGGAGAAGAUGAAAGAGAAUAUGCCAUUGUUGUAAUGCUAUGUUCUUCACAGACAUCUCUUCUUCUUUUCUUCCUUCUGUUUUUUUUUUUUUAUUUAUAUAUAUUAAUAUAAUAUAAUUAUUACCUUAUUCAUUCCCGUUCCAUCUCUUGCUCUCUCUCAGGACUCUGGAAUUGUUGGACUGCCCGGAGAACCUGAAUUGUGCCAAGUUUGUUGAUGAGCUCUAAUAAACAAUCAGUUGGUAUAUUGGAUUCCCUCAGAAUGGAUAGGGUUAGAACGAUUUUAACUCAUAGAUAUCCUUACCCCCACGAGCACUCACGCCAUGCCGUAAUUGCAGUUGUUGUGGGUUGCCUAUUUUUUAUUUCAUCCGACAACAUUCAUACCCUUGUAGAAAAAUUGGACAAGAAUGUAAAAUGGUGGUCUAUGUAUUCUUGUUUGCUUGGUUUUUUCUAUUUCUUUUCGUCUCCAUUUAUUGGGAAGACUAUCAAGCCGAGUUAUUCAAAUUUUAGUAGAUGGUACAUAGCGUGGAUUUUAGUAGCUGCUCUGUAUCAUCUUCCUAGUUUUCAGUCAAUGGGAGUUGACAUGAGAAUGAAUCUAUCAUUGUUUUUGACUAUUUAUGUCUCUUCUAUUCUAUUUCUUCUAGUAUUUCACAUCAUAUUUCUUGGGCUUUGGUACAUUGGUCUAGUUUCGCGUGUUGCUGGAAGAAGGCCUGCAAUCUUGACUAUACUUCAAAACUGUGCUGUACUUAGCAUGGCAUGCUGUGUAUUUUAUAGCCACUGUGGUAACAGUGCUAUUGUAAGAGAGAGACGCCUUGAGCACAAGAACUCGAAUUGGUUUUCUUUCUGGAAAAAAGAAGAGAGAAACACAUGGCUGGCAAAAUUUCUUCGAAUGAAUGAACUGAAAGACCAAGUUUGCUCAUCUUGGUUUGCUCCAGUUGGGUCUGCUAAAGACUAUCCCCUUUUGUCCAAAUGGGUUAUUUAUGGCGAGUUAGCGUGCAAUGGCUCAUGUGAUGGUUCAUCAGAUGGAAUCUCUCCUAUUUACUCACUAUGGGCUACAUUUAUUGGCCUUUACAUUGCCAAUUAUGUGGUGGAAAGAUCCACAGGGUGGGCUCUUACUCACCCUUUGUCAGUUCAAGAGUAUGAGAAGUUAAAGAAGAAGCAACUGAAGCCUGGUUUUCUAGAUAUGGUUCCCUGGUAUUCAGGAACAUCAGCUGAUUUGUUCAAGACUGUUUUUGAUCUUCUUGUAUCAGUAACUGUCUUUGUUGGCCGUUUUGAUAUGCGAAUGAUGCAAGCAGCAAUGAGUAGGGUCAAUGAUGGAAGUCAACAAGGGGAUCUCUUAUACGAUCAAUUUGGCGAGAAGGAUGACUUAUGGUUUGAUUUCAUGGCUGAUACUGGUGAUGGUGGAAACUCAUCUUAUUCAGUUGCUCGUUUACUUGCUCAGCCUUCUAUUAAUAUCAAUAGAGGUGAUUCAGCGCUCAACCUACCACGUGGCGACUUACUUCUUAUUGGAGGAGAUCUUGCAUAUCCAAAUCCAUCAGCAUUCACAUAUGAAAGGCGCUUAUUUUGUCCUUUUGAGUAUGCUCUCCAGCCUCCUCCAUGGUAUAAAGAAGUACACAUUGCUGUAAAUAAGCCUGAGGUUCCUCCCGGUGUGUCUGGAUUGAAGGAGUACAAUGGGCCUCAGUGUUUUGUUAUUCCUGGAAAUCAUGAUUGGUUUGAUGGUCUUCAUACCUUUAUGAGGUAUAUAUGUCAUAAAAGCUGGUUGGGUGGGUGGUUUAUGCCUCAAAAGAAGAGUUAUUUUGCUUUGCAACUUCCAAAAGGAUGGUGGGUAUUUGGUCUCGAUUUGGCACUUCAUGGAGAUAUUGAUGUCUACCAAUUCAAAUUCUUUUCAGAACUGAUUAAGGAAAAGGUUGGAGAUAAUGAUUCUGUGAUCAUUAUGACCCAUGAACCGAACUGGCUUCUUGAUUGGUACUGGAAUGAUGUUUCUGGAAAGAAUGUAUCACACCUGAUUUGUGAUUAUUUGAAAGGACGGUGUAAACUUCGAAUGUCUGGAGAUUUGCAUCAUUAUAUGCGCCAUUCAUUUGUUAAAUCAGAUGGACUGGGGCCUGUCCAUGUGCAACAUUUACUUGUAAAUGGUUGUGGUGGGGCUUUUUUACAUCCAACUCAUGUCUUUGCUAGUUUUAACAAGUUAUAUGGCACUCCCUAUGACUGCAAGGCUGCUUAUCCUUCUUUUGAAGAUUCAAGCAGGAUUGCUCUAGGAAAUAUUUUGAAGUUUAGAAAGAAGAACUGGCAAUUUGAUUUUAUUGGUGGCAUUAUAUAUUUCUUACUGGCAUUUUCUAUGUUUCCACAGUGUAAGCUUGGCCAUAUCUUGCAAGAUGAUUCAUUUUCUGGUCACUUGGGGAGUUUCUUUGGCACGGUGUGGAAUGCUUUCAUAUACUUGUUGGAACGCUCUUAUGUGUCUUUUGUAGGUGCUUUGAUGUUGCUUAUUGCUGCAAUCACAUUUGUUCCCUCCAAAGUUUCCCGAAAGAAGAGGGUAAUGAUUGGCAUUAUUCAUGUCUCUGCACACCUGUCUGCAGCUCUAGUUCUUAUGUUACUGUUGGAACUGGGUGUGGAGACAUGUAUAAGGCACAAUCUUCUGGCUACUUCAGGCUAUCACACUUUAUAUCAGUGGUACCAAACUGUGGAGAGUGAGCACUUUCCAGAUCCAACUGGUCUUCGAGCUCGUAUAGAACAAUGGACCUUUGGUCUUUAUCCAGCAUGUAUUAAGUAUCUUAUGUCUGCAUUUGACGUUCCAGAGGUAAUGGCUGUCACACGAAGCAACAUUUGUAAGAAUGGGAUGGCCUCUCUCUCCAGAGGAGGUGCUGUCAUAUAUUAUGCUUCUGUCUUCCUUUAUUUCUGGGUUUUUUCAACACCAAUCGUCUCCUUGGUAUUUGGUAGCUACUUGUACAUCUGCAUUAACUGGCUUCAUAUACACUUUGAUGAAGCCUUCUCCUCACUCCGCAUUGCAAACUAUAAGUCGUUCACUCGGUUCCACAUAACUAAAGAUGGUGAUCUCGAGGUUUAUACGCUUGCAGUAGAUAAGGUUCCAAAAGAAUGGAAGCUGGACCCAGACUGGGACAGAGAGCCAAAGCUGCCACAGCAGCAGAGCCAUAGCAGAAGAUUUCCAAGCAAAUGGAGUGCCGCUGUUCCUCUUCAGGACCCUAUUCAUACUGUUAAGAUUGUUGACCACUUUGUUAUUAAACAAACAGAUGAUUCUAGUACAACUGCCAGCAAUGGGUCAAUUGCUCACUGACUUCAUUGCUCCAAUUUGUAUUAUUAGUGUAGUUUCCUUUGAUUUAGGAAGUAAAUAGAAUGGAGGAAGAAAAAAAAAGUGUUAUAACAUUUGAGUAGCCUGAUAUUAUGGACCCAGGGUGGUAGGUUUUACAGAGUAUAGAAGUAAAGCAAUGAAGGGUUUUUUUUUUUUUUUUUCACUGGUGGAGUAGAGUAUAUAUAUAUUCGCAGAGAAUGGUGAAUAGAAUUGUGGAUUAUAUUCCAUUGAAUAGUAUAUAUUUAUAUACAAAGUUAAGAGAUUAAAUGUGAAACUACUAAGUACAAAUAGGAAACUACUAAAUACAAGUUACUUUAAUUUUUACAACUAAUAUACAAUUAAUAUUCUAACACCUCCUCAAGCCGGAGCAUAGAUGUUACAAAGAUAAUCAACUCGCACUCCAUUCAAAGCCUUUGUAAAAAUAUCUCUUAAUUGUUCUCUGGUUUUCACAUAUUCUGUGGAGAUCAGACUUUGUUGAAUUUUCUCGCCAACAAAAUGACAAUCAAUUUCAACAUGCUUAGUUCGCUUGUGGAAUACAGAAUUUGAGGUAAUAUGAAGAAUAACUUGAUUAUUACACCACAAUUUUGUUGGAAUAGAAGUUUUAAACUCGAAUUCAAUCAAAAGUUAAUAAAUCCAUGUUACCUCACACACAGACUGUGUCAUAGCUUUAUAUUCUGAUUCAACACUGGAUCUAGACAAUAUUUUGUUUCUUACUGUUCCAAGGGAUCAGAUUGCCCCCAACAAAUAUAUAAUAUCUUGGAGCCUGCCCAAUCUGCAAUUAAAAAAAUACUCAAUCUUGGUAUGUCCGUGAUCGUUGUAAACUAUACCUCGUCCGGGUGCUCCUUUCAAGUAACAUAAAAUUUGCUUUAGUGUUGCCCAAUGAUAAAUUGUUGGAGAAGACAUAAACUGACUAACGACACUAACUGGGAACGCAAUAUAUGUACGAGUCACAGUUAGAUAAUUCAACUUUCCAACUAAUCUGCGAUAUUUCUUAGGAUCUUCAAAUAGUUUCUCAUCACGUGUAAGAUGCAUAGAUGGAUUCAUUAGAGCACUACAAGGUUUUGUUCCUAAUUUUCUUGUCUCAGUUAACAAAUUAAGUACAUACUUCCUUUGAGAUAGAAAAAUACCUUGUGUACUCUGAGUAACUUCAAUACCUAAGAAAUACUUGAGCUUCCCUAAAUCUUUCGUGUGAAACUGAGUAUGAACGAAAGACUUAUGGGAUGAGAUGCAUUCAGUAUCAUUUCCAGUAAUAACGAUGUGAUCAACAUACACUACUAACAAAAUGAUACCAGCAGUUGAUCUUUUAUAGAACACAAAAUGAUCUGACUUAUUUUUCAAUAAACAAAAUUUCUCAACAUCCUGACUAAAUUUACCAAAACAAGCACGAGAGCUUUGUUUCAAUCCAUAUAAAGAUUUGCGAAGACGACAAACUCGCCCUAACUCCCCCUUAGCAACAAACCCAGGAAGUUGCUCCAUAUACACUUCUUCCUCAAUAUCUCCAUGAAGAAAUGCAUUUUUAAUAUCAAUGUGAUGCAAAGGCCAAUGAUGAGUAGCUUCCAUGGAAAUGAACAGUUGAACAGAUGUAAGUUUAGCAACGGGAGAAAAAGUAUCAUAGUAGUCCACUCUAUAGGUUUCAUAACCCUUGACAACAAGAUAGGCCUUUAAGCGAGCAAUUGGUCCAUCCUGAUUUAACCGUAAACACCUAUUUGCACCUUAUGGCCCGUUUUCUUGAAGGUAAAUUAAAGACCCAAGUACAAUUUGCAACUAAAGCAUUUAUCUCUUCUAUCAUUGCAGCAAGCCAACCAAGAUGAGACAUUGCUUCACGAAUAGUUUUAGGAAUAGUAAUAGAAUCAAGAGAAGCAGUAAAAGAGCAAGAAGAAGAGGAGAGAUGAUUAUAAGAAACAAAAGAAAAAAUAAAAAAAAGUACAUUGGCGUUUACCCUUACGUAGUGCAAUGGAAAGAUCAUAUUUGAGUUCCGAAAUUGAUGACGAAGAUGCAGGUGCAGGACAUGAAACAAGAGGUGGAGGAGGGGGACGCCUGGUGUACACUAUAGGAGGCUAAGGCAGUGGUGGAGGUGUAGGCAUUAUGGGAGUUAUAACCGAGGUAGGUGAAGGAACAAGAGACUUGUUAGAGCAUGUAUCAGGCGCAGAGGAUGUGACAGUUCUUAAUGCAGAUUUUUGUUAACCAGAUAUGAGCCUAACAGUGACAAACUUGCACAGAAUAACGAAAGACAGUAAAGAAAAAAGUAUCAACACAAAGGAUUUUUUAUGUGGUUUUGCAGUUAAAAUUCUGCAUAGUCCACGAGUCAAUCUAAUUAGAUUUCUGAUAUUGUUCUAGGGUCUUUUCUCUUAUGAAUUUUUUCGUCCUUUUUUCAUUCUAACUUGCUUCUAUUUAUAAUUACAUAGUCAGGCAGUUAAUUACAGAGUUCACUAUAAUCUUUACAACAAUUCUCCCUUGAAAUCGUGGUGUUUGAUUACAUAUCAUGUAGUAUAAAUGCGGUUAUUAUUUGAACAUAACACAGUUGUGAUUAAUCCGCUUUUACUGGGUCAAGAUAAUCGUGUAUUAAACACAUUUUAAAUCACAACGUUCUAAGAUGUCUCGACAGGAACUCAGUACCAAUGACCUUGAUAGUGAGCUGGAGCUUUUUUCCCCUAUCUCUCCGAGGUUGACAAUGUACGCCUCGUCGCUUCUUCACUUGAAGGUACAACACUUCAUUUGACAAUCGAAGUUCUUAAUAACAAAGAGUACUUGAGCAGUUAACAUAAUUUGAAUGUCAGCUUCUGACUCGUCAAGACUAUAAAUCUCACUAAAAGAUGUCUGAAGUUGAUUGGUGAAAGUAAUAGGAGCGCGCCUUCCUAUAGCGAGAUAGGCACCUCGCUUAUUAGUUGCUUGAGUUCACCCGACUUUUAUAUUUAGUUUGUAUAUUGUAUAUUAUACGCCAAGUCUUUUCACAGUUAUUAUAUCUCGCUUACGUCUACUCGUACGUAACGAGGUUGAGGUCUCGCCUCGCGCAUCCAAUGCCGUAUGGUUUCUCGUUAAUACACAAGGCAACAGUUUGUAUAUCUUUAUCUCGCAGAAGACCUUAUAGUCUACAAGUUGAAAAUAUACUCUUUCAGUUAUGCAUUUAAUGAGUUAUUCCAUUAAAUGUAAUUACUGUUACACGCAUUAAUCCAUAUUCUCCUUAAUUUGACAUGUGUCCUCCAAUGAAAUGGUAGCCAAAUUUCAGGUAUAAUAAAAAAUGAAAAUACAUCACUAUUUGUAGGAACACUGCUGCUAUGUCGAAACUACCAAAUUCAAUUUAUCAACGAAAAAAUAGACAAUCCAAUUAUAUGCGAACCCGGCUAGAAUGAAAAGUGCAAAAUACAAAAAUUACACUAUUGUCUCUGUCGAAGCAAAUAAAGAUUAACCUCCACCCACGAGUAUCAUUAGUUCUCUUAUCUACAAUUUUUAGACAAAUGUUAUCUUCAAUUAUCAACAAUUUAGAGAUUGAUUUUUAAUUUUUUUUUUUUAUCUUAUACACAUUUAAGUUAUGUUUCCUUAAGUAUUGGACCAUCAAUUUUUAGUUUAUUUUUGGAUUAACUUAAGAACAUAUGUAAAUUAUCAAGCUAUCUUUUAAACACUAAUAUAUUGCAUUCGGUAUUUAAUUUUAAUUGUAAAAAAUUAUAAAUUAUAUUAUUUAGAUACACAUAAUAAUAAUCUCACCUAAUAAUUAAUAAUAUUUUUUCUUUUAAUUGUAUAACUUAUAAAUAACGUAGAAAAAACCUAGCAUAAAAUUUAAUAUACGUGUCUCACACGUAGUUUUUUGCUAGUAUAUAUAUCAUUUAUUCUUCACAGUUGGGUUCACCACAUUAGUUGAGUUAAGAUCAAGACUUCUCAACAGGUCUAUUCUAUUUAUUGAAACAAUUAAUUUUAUACUCAGAGCUAUUAAAACAAAGUUGGUAAUUUUUUUUUUUUUUUACAUAUUUCAUGUCUUGAGCUGCUCUUAACAACUUCCACACUGCAUCCAAUAAUGGUUCAAAGAAUAUCAAAGUCUCAAUUUCAUCACCAAAAAGUGUGACUGGUGAAGCUCCGGCAAGCUCACCCAAAGGGGGAUACUGCUUGUGCUCACCGACGGCGCACCAGGGCUCAUUCCGGUGCCGGUUUCACCGAUCAAGGCCGUCCUCUCCGGUGGCUUGGAUGAAGCGUUCCAACUCUAUGCCUACCAAUAAUAACUCUGUCACUUCCCUCUCUCACAACUCAUCAGUUGAGUCCACCACUUGAAAAACUUAACUAACUCAUAUUUAUAUAUAUAAAGAUAUAUAUAUAUGUACUACUACUCUCUUUUGCUGUUUUGGUGCCAAAAAUAAAUAUAUAUGAUUAUUGAGUUAAUCCAUUUUGGCAUUCAUCUAUAUAGCUCCUUCAAUAUAUGAUCACACUUUGUAAAAACAUGUGUAUGUAUGCAAGUAAAAGGUGUGGGUUUAUUCAUCUCUCUUUACUUGGAUAUAUGUUUUCUUAUUUAUAAUUAUUACUCUUUGUGAUUAUGUUGUACUCUUUUUGGAUUGGACCUCAUAAUUAUAUAUAGUUUUCUGAUUUUCUCA